UACUAUAGUGUAUAGCAUGGUUGUUACUUAUAAAUAAUUAUUACUUAUUAGUUAUUAGUUAUUAUUAAUUAUUAGUUAUUACAGUCGUAUUGUAAAUAAAUCAUUGUAAACGCAUAACGGCUAACGAUAUUCAUUUUAAGUUAAUAUGGAGGGUUUCAAUUUAAAAAAUACUUUUUUCUCAUGUAUAACAAUUGUAGUAUUAAUAUUAUCUAUGCUAUUUUUCUAUGAGCCCGCUCAAAACUUACUGUGUAGCUUUGCGAUUUUUGAACGAUUCUUAAUCAACACGCCUAAAGUAUGUUCUCUUUUCGAUACAACUCGAUUAAGUCGGUACAACGGUGUUGAUGGUGGCAAAAUAUAUUUAUCUAUUCUUGGUCUUGUAUUUGACGUGACAGAGGGUAGGAGAUUCUAUGGACCAGGUGGUUCAUAUAGUGGAUUUUCCGGUCGUGAUGCCAGUCGUUCAUUUAUAACUGGCUUAUUUGAUGAAGAAAACUUAACUGAUCACGUCAGUGAUAUGGAUCCAAAUGAUUUGAUAGGACUGGAUACGUGGAUCAAUACUUAUAAGAAAAAAUACAAAGAAAUUGGAAAAUUAAUCGGACGUUAUUAUGAUUCAUCUGGUAAAGAAACUGACUACAGAAAAUUGGUGUUUGAAAAAAUAGAAUCAAGUAAAAAGGCUAAAGUAGCUAAGAAUGAAGAAAUGAUACGAUAUCCAAGUUGUAAUGUAGAAUAUGUUCAAGAAAACCAAAAAAGUAAAGUCUGGUGUACUGCAUUGAGUGGUGGCAUUAAAAGGAAUUGGAUUGGAGUACCUCGAAAAUUACAAUCAUUGGAUGAAAAUGGAAAAUUGUCUGUGCGCUGUGCAUGUGUACAACUAGAUACCUUAAGUAAAGCUGAACUGAAGCAUAUCAAUGAGUAUGAGGGUUGCGAUGCUAACGCCACAACUUGUUAUGUCAAAGUCAGUUAACCUAACUUGUUCUACUAAUAUGUGUAAUUUCGUGUUUUUGUUAUGCCAUUUUACCAUUCUAGUAUGGUUCAAAUGCAAAAUGUUCUUUCUGUGAUAAAUUCCCACAUAGUAUCCAAAUUGUUAACCCAAGUGAACAAUAGGAAAAGUUAUAUUAUAUCGUUGAAUCUUAUUGUUUAGAAUAAGUUUAAUUUAUGUGCCUACAAACUACUCUAUGUACUAAUUAUAUUAUAAUGUUUACAAUUUUUAUACAAAAAUAUUCAUAAACAAAAAUAACUCAAUGAUUAGUGAGUUGUUGUGUUAUGACACUUGGUUAUAAUUUAUAAAUUAUAAUAACAUAAUUACCAGGUUAAAAAAACUCAAUAGUCAUACAUGUAAUGGUAAAAUAAUAAAGUUUUUUACAUUUUGUAUCUACAUAAUAUACAAAAAACCUUAAAAAAACAUUGAAGUAAACAUUAAAUCAGCUGUUAAUUGUUAUAAUGCAUUAUUUCUCGUUACUUUAUAUUAUAAAAUUUAUUACACAGAGUUAACCUGUACCUAACCUAUCAAAAACAUUGAAAUGUAGGAACUGUUCAUUGAUAAUAUUUAUUAGUUAUUUUAACUAUAACUAGUUUAUAAUAAUAAAUGUAGCUUGCAACAUAAUAUUAAAUGUGUAUAUAGAUUAUAAUGAUGUUUUGUUAAGUCAAAUUGUGUGUAAGCUACCUACAUAAAUAUUUAUAAUUAAAGUAUGUAAUACUCUGUAGAUAGACAGUAUUAUUAAAGUUUUAGGUUGGAAAUUAAAAUAUAAUAAAGACUAAUAUAAUAUUGAA